AUGCAACUGUCCUGGAAAGAUAUUCCCACGGUCUCGACCGCCAACGAUCUGUUGGAUGUCGUGCUGAAUAGAACGCAAAGAAAAACCCCCACGGUGAUCAGACCCGGUUUCAAAAUCACCAGAAUCCGUGCAUUUUACAUGCGUAAGGUCAAAUACACCGCAGAGGGAUUUGAAGAGAAGUUCGAAGACCUAUUGAAAGGAUUCCCUAACAUCAACGAUGUCCACCCUUUUCACAGAGAUCUGAUGGAUACCCUGUAUGAAAAGAAUCAUUACAAGGUCUCGUUGGCUGCCGUUUCGCGUGCCAAGACAUUGAUCGAGCAAGUGUCGAGAGAUUACUUGCGUCUGCUUAAAUUUGGUCAGUCGUUGUUCCAGUGUAAGCAACUUAAGAGAGCCGCUCUGGGUAGAAUGGCCACCAUCGUCAAGAAAUUGAAAGAUCCCCUAGUGUAUUUGGAGCAGGUGCGUCAGCAUUUGGGCAGAUUGCCAUCGAUCGACCCUAACACCAGAACUUUGCUGAUCUGUGGUUAUCCUAACGUUGGUAAAUCGUCGUUUUUGCGCUGUAUCACCAAAGCGGACGUCGAGGUCCAACCAUACGCUUUCACCACGAAAUCCUUGUAUGUGGGUCAUUUCGAUUACAAGUACCUGAGAUUCCAAGCCAUUGAUACUCCGGGUAUUCUUGACAGACCUACAGAAGAAAUGAACAACAUUGAAAUGCAAUCCAUCUAUGCCAUUGCACAUUUGCGUUCUUGCGUUCUAUAUUUUAUGGACUUGUCCGAGCAGUGUGGCUUCACCAUUGAAGCGCAGGUCAAAUUGUUCCACUCUAUCAAGCCUUUGUUUGCCAACAAGUCGGUCAUGGUCGUUAUGAACAAAACCGAUAUUAUCAGACCCGAGGACUUGGACGAAGAGCGUGCCGCCAUGUUGCAAACUGUUUCUGAAAUGCCUGGUGUCGAGCUCAUGGCCGCAUCUUGUACAGAAGAAGACAACGUCAUGGCCGUGAGAAACAAGGCUUGUGAAAAGCUUUUGGCCUCGAGAAUUGAAAACAAGCUCAAGUCCACGGCCAGAAUCAACAAUGUCUUGAACAAGAUUCAUGUCGCGAAGCCACAAGCAAGAGACGACGGUAUUGAUAGAUCACCUUACAUCCCUGAAGGUAUCAAGAAUAAGGUCAAGUAUGAUGCAGAGGACCCUGACAGAAUGAAGCUGGCCAGAGAUAUCGAGGCUGAAAAUGGUGGUGCUGGUGUUUUCAACAUUAAUCUCAAGGACAAAUAUCUAUUGGAAGAUGACGAAUGGAAGAACGAUGUUAUGCCAGAAGUUCUGGACGGUAAGAAUGUGUACGAUUUCAUGGAUCCUGAGAUUGCCGCUAAAUUGCAAGCUUUGGAAGAAGAAGAGGAAAAGCUGGAAGCUGAAGGGUUCUACAACUCUGACGAAGAUGAGGAGGAAACUCAUGACGGUCUGACUUCUGAAGAAGUGUCCGACAUCAAAGACAAGGCCGCCUGGAUCAGAGAUAGACAAAAGAAGAUGAUUUUGACUGCCAGAAACCGUAAGGCUCUCAAGAACCGUGCAAUCAUGCCUCGUUCCAAACUUUCAAAAUCAUUUGGCGACAUGGAAAAGCACAUGUCUUCCUUGGGACACGACAUGUCUGCUCUGCAAGACAAGCAGAGAGUUGCUGCCGACAAGAACAGAUACGUGGAAACUGGUGCCGACGUUGUCUUUGGAGGCGUCGAGUCCUCGACCACUUCUUCCAACGGUGGUAAGCUCAGACAAUCUGAUAGACUACUGGAUGGUGUUGCUGACGGAUCUAUGAGAUCUAAGGCUGACAGAUUGGCCAAGUUGCAAAGAAGAGACAGAAACAGAGACGCCAGACAAGGUGAGUCGGACAGACACUCUACUGCCGCUUUGGCCAAGCAUUUGUACAGUGGUAAACGUGGUGUCGGAAAGACAGAUUUCCGUUAA